GCAGAGGGACUGAGGUUGGGAGGGACGCGUGUGGUGCAAUCAGCCACAUGUAACUACUUCCUCCAGUUCCUGACUUAGAACAGGAAGCAUCGUGCCCUCACCAGCGGGGUCUCAGGCGGGCCGGUGUCUUCCCACACCUGCUGCAGCACCAGCCUGGUGAAGAGUGGAGCCGAAGCCCCUGCCAGCCCAGCCAGGACCACCCCUGCUGAGACCUCCAGGGCGUCGGCGGGACAUGCUGCGCCAGCGCCCCCUGCUGCUGCCCCUGGUGGGCCUGCUUGCCCUCCGGUCCGUCCUGUCCCAGGAGUGCACCAAGUACAAGGUCAGCACCUGCCGGGACUGCAUCGAGUCAGGGCCCGGCUGCGCCUGGUGCCAGAAGCUGAACUUCACGGGGCAGGGGGAGCCUGACUCCACUCGCUGUGACACGCGCAAGCAGCUGCUGUCAAAGGGCUGCCCGACGGAUGACAUCAUGGACCCCAGGAGCCACACCACGACCCAGGAGGACCAGGUGGGGGGCCAGAAGCAGCUGUCCCCGCAGAAAGUGACGCUCUACCUGAGACCAGGUCAGGCGGCUGCGUUCAACGUGACCUUCCAGCGGGCCAAGGGCUACCCCAUCGACCUGUACUACCUGAUGGACCUCUCCUACUCCAUGCUCGACGACCUCAUCAACGUCAAGAAGCUGGGGGGCGACCUGCUCCGGGCCCUCAACGAGAUCACCGAGUCCGGCCGCAUCGGCUUCGGCUCCUUCGUGGACAAGACGGUGCUCCCUUUCGUCAACACGCACCCCGAGAAGCUGCGGAACCCGUGCCCAAACAAGGAGAAGGAGUGCCAGGCCCCGUUCGCCUUUAGGCACGUGCUGAAACUCACCGACAACUCCAACCAGUUCCAGACAGAGGUCGGGAAGCAGCUGAUCUCGGGAAACCUGGACGCCCCUGAGGGCGGGCUGGACGCCAUGAUGCAGGUCGCCGCGUGCCCGGAGGAAAUCGGCUGGCGCAACGUCACCAGGCUGCUGGUGUUUGCCACGGAUGAUGGCUUCCACUUUGCGGGAGACGGGAAGUUGGGCGCCAUCCUGACUCCCAACGAUGGCCGCUGCCACCUGGAGGACAACAUGUACAAAAGCAGCAACGAAUUCGAUUACCCGUCGGUGGGCCAGCUGGCGCACAAACUGGCAGAAAGCAACAUCCAGCCCAUCUUUGCUGUGACCAAGAGAAUGGUGAAAACGUACGAGAAGCUCACGGAGAUCAUCCCCAAGUCUGCAGUCGGGGAGCUGUCAGACGAUUCCAGCAACGUAGUCCAGCUUAUUAAGAAAGCCUACAACAAACUGUCCUCCAGAGUCUUUCUGGAUCACAACACCCUCCCUGACACCCUGAAAGUCACCUACGACUCCUUCUGCAGUAACGGGGUAUUGAAGGUGGACCAGCCCAGAGGGGACUGCGACGGCGUCCAGAUCAACGUGCCGAUCACCUUCCAGGUGAAGGUCACAGCUACAGAGUGCAUCCAGGAGCAGUCAUUCGUCAUCCGGGCGCUGGGCUUCACGGACACGGUGACUGUGCGGGUCCUCCCCCAGUGCAAGUGCCGGUGCCGGGACGCGAGCCGGGACCACAGCCUCUGCGGCGGCAGGGGCUCCAUGGAGUGCGGAGUCUGCAGGUGCGACGCCGGCUACAUGGGGAAGCACUGCGAGUGCCAGACGCAGGGCCGGAGCAGCCAGGAGCUGGAGGGAAGCUGCCGGAAGGACAACAGCUCCAUCAUCUGCUCGGGGCUGGGGGACUGCAUCUGCGGGCAGUGCGUGUGCCACACGAGCGAUGUGCCCAACAAGAAGAUCUACGGCCAGUUCUGCGAGUGUGACAACGUCAACUGCGAGCGCUACGACGGCCAAGUCUGCGGGGGCGAGAAGCGAGGGCUCUGCUUCUGCGGCACCUGCAGGUGCCAGAACGGCCACGAGGGCUCGGCGUGCCAGUGCCUCAAGUCUACGACGGGCUGCCUCAACCUGGAUGGCGUCGAGUGCAGCGGCCGCGGCCGGUGCCGCUGCAACGUGUGCCAGUGCGACCCCGGCUACCAGCCACCCCUGUGCCUCGAGUGCCCGGGCUGCCCCGCGCCCUGCGCCCGCUACGCCAACUGCGCUGAGUGUCUGAAGUUCGACCAGGGCCCCUUCGCCAAGAACUGCAGCGCGGCGUGCGGGGAGACGAAGCUGCUGCCCAAGCCACUGCCCGGCCGCACGUGCAAGGAGCGCGACUCCGAGGGCUGCUGGAUGACCUACACCCUGUUGCAGCGCGAGGGGCGGGACAGAUACGACGUGCACGUGAACGACACGCGCGAGUGCAUGAAGGGCCCCAACGUCGCCGCCAUCGUGGGGAGCACCGUGGCAGGAGUCGUGCUCGUCGGCAUCCUCCUGCUGGGCAUCUGGAAGGUCCUGACCCAUGUAAGUGACCUCAGGGAGUACAAGCGCUUCGAGAAGGAGAAGCUCACGUCCCAGUGGAAUAACGAUAACCCCCUUUUCAAGAGCGCCACCACGACAGUCAUGAACCCUAAGUUUGCUGAGAGUUAGGGCCGCUUGGUGAAGACAGGGCCUCUUGCACCGCCCAGGUGGGAGCAGCCCACGCCACGUCCCCUCCAGCAGGCCGACCGUGACCCCGUCGCCCAGUGGACUUGGCUGACGACACUUGGCAACUUCACCACUAACUGAAAAUCCACCGUUUUUCCUGCCCCUAGAAUGACAGAUGCGGCCAGAUAAUUCUAGGAACGCAUCAGAAGGGCCAGCCUCCCCCUUCUGAUAUGAGUGACUUUUCAUAGCAACUUGAAGAAGGAAUUGCUCGUAUCCUGUAAGGUUAGACAUGUGUUGUCCUUUGUAAAAAUUAGCACAGCAGUCUGAUGAAAGGUGGUACAGAUUUAUUUAUAUGUGAACUUCUCAGCGUGUAAAAUUACAUUCCAUUGAUCAUGCUGCCCCCAA